GCGAGGCCCCCCAGGUCCACACGAUGGGAAGCAUGACAGGUCCUCAAGACCAGGCCGCAGAGGGGCAGAAAGGACCCAGCUCCCUGGGCUCCGGGUGGGCCCCGCUGACCUCUGGCUCUCCCCACAGCUGGAAUUGUCCUGGGCUCCAGGGUGGGCCCCACUAACCACUGGCUCUCCCCACAGGUGGAACGUCCUGGGGCUGCAGGGUGCGCUCCUGUCCCACUUCGUGGAGCCUGUAUACCUGCAGAGCAUCGUGGUGGGCAGCCUGCACCACACGGGCCACCUGGCACGCGUCAUGAGCCACCGCAUGGAGGACGUCGGCCAGCUGCCCACCCCCUACCGGCACAACCGGCCUCUCCUCAGUGGCGUGAGCGAUGCCGAGGCGCGCCAGCCAGGGAAGUCGCCCCCCUUCAGUGUGAACUGGGUGACGGGCAGCACAGACCUGGAGAUGAUCAACGCCACCACCGGGCGGAGGAGCUGUGGGGGCCCAUCCCGGCUCUGCAAGCACGUGUUCUCUGUGCGAUGGGCGAGGCUGUACAGCAGGCUGAGCACACGGACACCCAGCCCCGGAGACACGCCGUCCAUGUACUGUGAGGCCAAGCUAGGGGCGCACACCUACCAGGCCGUGAAACAGCAGCUGUUCCGGGCCUUUCAGAAGGCCGGCCUGGGCACCUGGGUGCAGAAGCCUCCGGAGCAGCAGCAGUUUCUACUGACUCUCUAGGCUGUGGGCUCCCGGCCGUGGAGCUGAGCCAGACGCUGGAGGGAUGGGCCGUGUCUGCGGGGCAACGUGGCAGGUCGGCCGGUUCCCUGCAUUCUUUUUUUUUUUGGUGUUCCAGAAACACACGAGUGUGCAAUGUGUGGAGGAGCAAUGAGACUGGAAUUCAGAGCACGCCUCUUCCCAGAUAGCUGGCCCCAGACCCAGGGACACACGCGCUGUGGAGUUGGCGCCGGCUCUCCUGUGGCAUCCGAGGGAGGGGCUCCAUUCAGGUGAAGGGGGCUCAGCUGCAGCCUUGGAAGGAGGCACCAGCGUGUGUCAGGCGGGAGUGAGCCUCGGCCUGUCCCUGCACCCCAGCCCUGUGUGCGCCUCUCAGCCAUCUUCAGGUCUCACUAGCACAGGUUUAUGGGGCACAUGAAGAUAAAGCCACAAACAGAGAGAAAAGCCAUGCCCACCCCGCCUCAGAGAAACCAAGAAGAAUCCUCAAUUAUUUUCAUUAUUCAUUUCAGUUUUUUUACUCCACCUCCUUUCAAAAAAGACUUAAGAUGCACAUCAUUAAAGAACACCUAGCACAGAACCUGAGAAAUGAAAGCCAUUCCCGCAAAGAGUAGGAACAGCUCCCAAAGCGCUCACAAGCCAGCGUGAAGACCUGCGAUGUGCGGAGCCCUCUAACGCCUCCCACUGCGCCCCGCAGAGCCGCCCAUGCCUGUUCAGCCCAUCAGCCUGUGGUUUAUUUUGGCAGAUACGGAGCACCACUGAGGCUCAGCUGUGUGAGGGUUAGCUAUCACCCUGUAACCUCCCUACCAGGUAAUAAGGAGACUUGCUAACUAAAUUUUUAUUAAAAAGCAAGCACAAAAUAAAAUUCAAAACAACCUUUACCUUCAGCUUGAGAGGCUACAGCUCUGCUCUUUCAGAUUCUCCAAUCAGCACCUUGCAGGACAAGACCCCCAAAAAGUUCAGCUGUCAAAAAAUGUAAGAGGCAGGGUUCUGUCACCCUGGAGCAGGCAUCCAACCCCAGAGAACCUUCAGCUCACAGUGGAGAUGGGACACUGGGGCUUUGGCCCACAGCGUCAUCACUGAGUUAAGACGGUGUAUUCAUACAGGAGUCUGGCUCUUUUCCAAGUAUCUUUAGGCAUCUGUGUGCCUCAGUUGCUGUAAUCUCACCACCGAGAACUCAUUUCUAACAUUCAUCCUGCUAUGUAGCCAGUCUGUCAUUUCUCCAAUUUAAAGAAAAAAAAAUCCAUCUCUGAAGUUCAUUGUGGUGAAGCUAGCUGGCAAAGCAUGGCAGUGUCCGCCUCUGGGGUGUGGCCUUCCCGGAAAGAAUCCCGGCUGACCACCCCCAGAAAGUGCAGGAAUAACAACGUGCUGUACAUACCCAAGCACUAACAGUUACCGUUAUCAUAGUGAGAAGGCAGAAAUGGAACAAACUGAGUUGUAGCUAUUUGUUACAAGAUAAUAAGAAUUAGAGAUAUUAGUAUGGAAAUAGAAACUUUUCCUGAGAUUUAAAAUAUGGCCAAAUUUGUCUUACAAGUUCUUUUAGAAAAGAAAAUGGGCACUGGAGUAGACAACUGCUCCAAGAGAAAGUUUCAAAGGAUAUGAGAACAUUUUUGCAAACAAAGAACUCAUAUUACUCUUUUACAAAAAUCGCAAAAAUAAAUGAAAUCUUAAUUCAGU